UAAAAUAUCGGGAUUUUUAUUGUGAAGGGUAAGCGGAAGUGUAUUUGUUUUCAGUUCCUCCGGUGACUGGUUUUGCGGUUAGAGGUAGUGAACAUGGCGACAGCAACAACACCAGUGGUCCCAGAGCAAACACCUAAAACACCGCUGUCAGGACCUCCGCCUGGGCCCCCGAACAUGGAGGGCUUCAACCUUUUCCCAACGAUCAAAGACGAGACCUUCAAAGAGAAACUAAUUAGAAAAACCAAGCAGAACCCCUUCGUCCCAAUAGGUUGUUUGGCGACAGCAGGAGCUCUGAUAUAUGGUCUCCGUUCCUUCCAACAAGGGAAGACGAAGCAGUCCCAGAUGCUGAUGAGGGGACGUAUCGCUGCUCAAGGCUUCACUGUAGUUGCUCUUGUUGUUGGUGUCUUUGCUGCAGCCCUGAAGCCCAAAGAAUGAAGACAUGCCAAUCCCACACCUCUGCUAUCAUCCAUUCAAUUUACAACCAUACCCCUUGGAGCCAGACCAGACCCAACUUGAAAUUGGAUUUAUCUGACUGUCUGAAUGAACUGACUAAUGUAUUGUUUUCAACAUUGUUCAGAUACCUGGGGGUUAAGGCUAACACUAUUUAUUGUUUGAAAAGUAGGAACUACUCAUGGUGGUAAAAUAUUAUACUUCAGGCUAGCACUAUGGAACAACAAAGAUUAAUCGCAUCCUUACCAGACCAAGAAAGCAAGCUGGAUUCUUCUUUAUUUUUGCUAUAAUAUUACUGAGGCAGAAAGCUGAUAAAUAUAAAUUGUGUUUCUUGCUCCUUGCUAUUCUGGGUUAGAUUUCAAAUGUUCCAUGUAUUGCCACUUGAAAUGCUAUAUACAAGACCUAAGACCUCUGAAUUCUGAUAAAUUUUUACUGUGAACCUUG